AUGGCGGCGCUCACGAAGAGGCUGCUGCAGCCCGGGAGGCCUCCGGCGGCCUUGAGUCGCCCCGUGGGACUGCGCGAGGCCAGCCUGGGCACUGAUGCCGGCGCUGCGGUGCGAGUGCGGUUCGCCCCCAGCCCCACAGGCUUCUUGCACCUGGGUGGCCUCCGCACUGCCCUCUACAACUACAUCUUUGCUAAGAAGCACCGGGGGAGCUUCAUCCUGAGGCUGGAGGACACAGAUCAGACCCGCCUUGUGCCUGGGGCAGCAGAGAAUAUUGAGGACAUGCUGGAGUGGGCAGGCAUCCCUCCCGAUGAGAGCCCCCGUCGGGGAGGUCCUGCAGGGCCCUACCAGCAGUCUCAGCGACUGGAGCUAUAUGCCCGGGCCGCAGAAGUGCUGCUGAAGACUGGAGCUGCCUACCCCUGUUUCUGCUCACCACAGCGGCUGGAGCUCCUGAAGAAGGAGGCCCUGAGGAACCGCCAGACGCCCCGGUAUGACAAUCGGUGCCGGAACCUGAGCCAGGGGCAGGUGGCCCAGAAGCUGGCCAAGGAACCCAAGCCUGCUAUCCGCUUCCGUCUGGAGGAGGAGGCACCAGCCUUCCAGGACCUGGUUUAUGGCUGGAAUCGGCAUGAAGUGGCCAGUGUGGAGGGAGACCCGGUCAUCCUGAAGAGUGACGGCUUCCCCACGUACCACCUGGCCUGUGUGGUGGACGACCACCAUAUGGGCAUCAGCCAUGUGCUGCGGGGCUCAGAGUGGCUUGUCUCCACCUCCAAGCAUCUGCUUCUCUACCGGGCCCUGGGCUGGCAGCCACCUCACUUUGCCCACCUGCCCCUGCUCCUCAACAAGGAUGGCAGGAAGCUAUCCAAGAGGCAAGGAGACAUUUUCCUGGAGCACUUUGCUGCUGUUGGCUUCCUGCCCGAUGCCUUGCUCGACAUCAUCACUAACUGUGGCUCGGGGUUUGCAGAGAACCAGAUGGGCAGGACCCUGCCAGAGCUGAUAACACAGUUCGACGUGAGCCGGAUCACCUGUCACUCAGCCCUGCUGGAUCUGGACAAGCUCCCAGAAUUCAACAGACCCCCCGCCUGUCUGCAGCUCCUGAAUGUGCUGGGUCACAUUUGCCGUCUGCAGGAUUUGGUCUCCCCAGCAUACUCCUAUCUGUGGACUCGCCCUGCUGUGGGGCGAGCACAGCUUGGCGCCAUCUCGGAGAAUGUGGACGUGAUUGCCGAGCGCGUGCUGGGGCUUCUAGAAAGAUCUGGCACGGGCUUAACUCAGGAUGCGCUGAAUGGAGAACUGAAGAAGCUGUCAGAAGGUCUGGAAGGCACCAAGCACAGUAAUGUCAUGAAACUCCUCCGAGUGGCCCUCAGUGGACAGCUGCAAGGACCUCCUGUAGCUGAGAUGAUGGUGUCCUUGGGACCAAAGGAAGUGCAAGAACGAAUCCGGAAGGUUCUUUCCAGCUAGGGAGAAGAUGUGCAAGACAUUGGAUGUGCAGGGCAGUGGAGAUGGCCCUAGGAACCUGUACCCUUGGAAACUGCUUUCAGAGGAGAGGAGGAGGCGGCCUGGGGCGCAUCAGGAAGCUUGCAGAUGGAACUAAGAGUGGAAACAGAAUCUGCGGCUGCACACAGUACAUUUAUGGCUCCAUGGCAGGCCCAUCCUCAGCAGUUGGCCAGGGGAGCCCAGCCCAUCUCACCUCCUUGCCUGGAAAGGAAGUCCUCGUGUCUGGUUUUGAUACCACAUUACACAGUGGAGUUUGGGAGUUAGUUCACAGAAAAGUCAGCCUCCCAGGACAGUCUACUGGGCUCAGGUAUUGGUUUUCUAGGGCUGUCGUAACAAAAUCCCACAGAACUGGGUGGCUUAAGUUUUUUUCUCACAGUUCUGGAGGUUAGAAGUCCAAGAUCAAGGGGCCAGCAGGUUU